CUUUCAUAGCCACAAACCACCAGACUGAAUAUUUGCACCAGCGCUCCGUCAGGUUUCCAGCCAGCUUCAUGUCCUGGGGGGUAGGACACCAGAACCUCACAUCUGGAUCCCAGCAGACUGGACCACGAGCAGCUCCGCGAACAGGCUGAGUGAACCAGAGAACCAGGAAAUGCAUUCAGGCAUGUAAACUCAUCUUCGCUCCCCUAGGGGAACGACUAGACCCAGAACAGUGACAAGCUGCAACUUCCCCUCAGAAUCCACCCUGGUCCACUCCUGCUUGGCUCAGAACCUUCAUACAGGUUUCAGAGUUGUCCUGUCUGUUUUCGCCAAAGGGUUGGGAUGAACCGGGGAUGGUUCCGUCAUGUGGACUUAUAUCGGGACCGGUUCAGUCCAGCAGGUGGAACCUGAUCCCGGACCUCGGCUCACCUGGAUUCUAUCUGCGACAGGGUCAGCGAUCAGCAGAAAUGGGCUGUUUUGGAUUCCUCAAAACCAUGAUGUUCCUGUUCAACGGCAUCAUCUUUCUGGCCGGCGCCGCCAUCCUGGGUGUGGGCAUCUGGGUCAAGGUGGACAGCGGUUCCGUCCUCGGCUUCCUGGGCAACAUCCCCAACGCUCCGGCCGAGCUGAGCCAGGUCCUGAACGUGGGCUACCUGCUGAUCGCCAUCGGGGUGCUGCUGGUGGUCAUCGGCUUCCUGGGCUGCUGCGGUGCCAUCAGAGAGAGCCCCUGCAUGCUGCUGCUGUUCUUCGUCAUAGUGCUGCUGGUGUUCGUGGCGGAGGUGGCGGGAGCCAUCGUGAUUCUGGUCUUCAGGCCCGUGGCAGAUGAGCUCUUCGCUAAGAUCGGCACAGCGGCGGUUCAGAGCAUCCGGAGCGACUACGGGUCGAACGUGGACGUGACGGGCCUGUGGAACAGCACCAUGAGCACGCUCCAGUGCUGUGGAUUCUACAACGCCUCCGACUUCAAGGGCUCUCCGUACUACAACUACAGCCAACAGUUCCCACCGCCGUGCUGUCCGGGCUUCACCAGGCCGUGUAACGCAACGGCGUCCGCUACCAGCACGGUCCUGGGCUGCUUCCCGAAGAUCAGGCAGCUGAUCGACAGCAACACGGUGGGCAUCGUGGCUGCAGCUCUGGGGAUCGCAGCUCUGGAGAUAUGCGCCAUGGCCGUGUCCAUGAUCCUCUACUGCAGAAUAAAGUCCACCAAGAGCUAACGGAGGCGGGAGCUGUACCGACGAGGCCUCGUGUGCAGUCACAGCAGCGGCUUUUUAUUAGAUGCUUUAGUGUCACUCCUGCAUUCUGGUGAUAUGCCGUUACCCACGAUGCAGUGCCAAAACAGAAGUGUAAAAUGUAGGACUCGCAGUGAGCUGAAUGUGACGUUAGAGGCUGAAUCCGCCGAGCGGCGACCUGUAACACGCGCAGUCACGUGACGUGUGACGCGGGAGACCCGUUUUCAAUAAAAGUCCCAGUGUUUGUG